AUGGAAGUCGACGCCGAUGAUGAGCUGUUGGAUGUCAGCUAUUGUGAGCAUGAGGGGAAGCUGAAAUCAUGGACUGAGAUCGAAAGUGUGAAGCUGUCAACCAUCGGUGUGAAUAGCCAUCUUGCCCGCCUGGAAGGUACAUUAUCAAAGCCGAAGCGCACACACGCCGGUGAACGACCAAUCAUCGUUCGCGAUGCCAGUGAUCGAUGCACAGCGCAAUCAAAGGAUUGGUUAUUCAGUCGGCGGGUUCGGGGGUUUGCAGCACCUGUUUCAGAUUUAAAGACUCGAGGUAUGGGUGAAGAUACAGAGCAGUCAGUUGGAAUCUUCGUGUUCUUGAUUAUCAUACUUGUGGCUCAUGUGGCUUGUUGGAUUGCGUCGGUUGUAAAGGCUGUGAUCGAUAGAAAAUCCUUUCGUCGCAAGACGAAAUUAUCCAAAGAGAAGGCGCUGCUUGCGGAAACGCGUCAAAAUGAGUUGGAGGAUGCGAGAAGGCAGCGCAAUUCAGAGCCGGCGAGCGUGGAGAAUGGAGGGCCUAAAUUUGCAAUCACUAGAUCGCAGCAAAAUUCAAGUCAAAAUUUACAUCCCGUCUCUCCCACAGGCAGAUUCACUGGUGAGCACUAUUUUCCCAAAUGCCCCAAGAGACUACUCUCCACCGGAGGUGCGAAGCGCAUCAGUCCUGAGGAAUUGGCUAUCAUGCUCGAUAGCUAUGCUGUUCAGCCACCAAAGACACAGCAAGCCGACUCGGUAGCACGGUCGCCAACCCAUCCCGCAACCAAAGAAACGUCCACGUCGAAUCCUAGUGCUGUGAAUGCUUGA